GGGAGAGAGAGAGAGAGAGAGAGAGAGAGAGAGAGAGAAAACAGCUUUGUGGAGAGACAAGAGUGAGAGAGUAAGUGAAAGAAAGAGAGGGAGGAAGAGAGAGAGAAUUAGAGAGUGACUGACAGCAGGGGUGAGGAGCAGAUAAGAGGAGAGUUCACAAACUAUUGCAAAGCGUUGGAACAACCACCAGACCUCCAGUUCAAACACAACUGCUUGAAUCACUCCAUCAGUCAAGCUUCCCAAUUCUACAGAGGUGCACGCCCACCAGAACAUAACCCUUCAUUCUCCAAGGAUAUCAUUUUAUUGGCUUCGUUUGGUGUCCUCUUAUAAAGACCUAUGCUUGCAGUGUAUCAUGUCAGGACAGCAGCACUGGACGCUUCUGGCCGUCAUGGCCCUCCUGGUCCUCACAGUGACAGCAGGCGAGGGGGGGAAAGCUGAGAAACAAGGGAAGAAGGAGCGUAAGUCGGACUGUGGGGAGUGGCAGUGGAGUGUGUGCGUGGCCAACGAGGGUGACUGCGGCCUGGGCACCAGGGAGGGCACACGCACUGGCACCGACUGCAAGCAGACCAUCAAGACCCAGCGCUGCAAGAUCCCCUGUAACUGGAAGAAGCAGUUUGGAGGUGAAUGCAAGUAUGACUUCCAGGCCUGGGGAGAGUGUGACAUGGUGACAGGGAAGAAGAACCGGUCAGGGGUGCUGAAACGAGCUCUCAUGGAUGCCACCUGUCCUAACACAGUGAGCGCCACCAAGCCCUGCGGCAAGAUCCCCAAGACCAAGCUGCAAGAUGCCAAGAAGCCGAAGCGGGAGGGGAAGAAGAGGGAGCGCACCCCGAUGGAUUAGUGGUGCAUCAUAGGAAGCAGGAAGUGGAAGUUGAUGCUUAUACUGCCCCAUCUCAGCAUGGUUCCUAUUUGUUUGUCCUGUAGGUUUAUAGAGGGGCCUGUAGCAGCUACACAACAAAGAGUUGGAUAGUAGUGAUAAAAUGUAUUUCUUUCCUAAUUUCUCAUAGGAAAAUCUUGUAGGGGAUUUAAUACUCUGUGUGAAUAAUACAAAUUAAGCAUUUCUUACUAAAAUGCUUAGUUUAUCAUUUUUCAGGGUCAUUGUUGUAAAAACAAAAUAUAUUGGAUUUUUGGUAAUAUUACAUAACAUCCUUUUUGUUUGAGGUGACAAAAUUAUUCUCACUCAAAUCAAAAAUAAUUUCUUGCAUGUCUUGAUUUAAAGCAGCGUCAAGUUAAAACCUUGUGCAAUUACUGGGGUUUUAAAGGUUAUUUUGCUGGUACCCUCAACAGCAAAAUUGCUAACAACUUUUCUAACAAUUAUUGAGGGCAUACAUUAAUAAGAAACAUAAGUACUCAUUGAUGUAAAGAAAAUUCCUUUUCUAAUGUUAUCUACAGUGAAAGAUGUCAACUUUUAUCAGAUGACUGUAUACAUUAGCUACUGUACUGUACAGUUGUUAGUGUGUAAGAGGUUGUGUCCAGUAUUAGUUCUGGUCUUCCUGCUAUUAUAACUCACUUUGUAGUUCCCCCGCUCUCCAGUUGAACUCUGAGCAAAACUGUUAUUGUAGUUUACAACUUGAGUUGACCUGUCCUAAUUAUCGAUUACAUUUAAAAAAAAAAUAAAGUUUGAAAUGAUGUCCAAA